AUGAGGGCCUUUUUCGUCGUGGGCUCAUUGGUUCUCAGCACUGUGGCUGCAGCACCAGCAAAUGACUUCCAAAAGAGAGACCUUCAAACAAUUCAGGGAGCCUUCGUGUCCAUCUCAGUGGCAUCAUCAAACUUGGAUACAGCUAUUAGAGCUUUGACACCCGACCCCAACAGCGCUUCCGCUCUUGGCCCGGCGAUGAUGGGACUGGAGGGUGCACUUUCACAAGCCCGUUCUGAUGUUGCUCCGACCUCGCCGAUUGGAAUCUCAGACGGUAUCGCUCUUCAAAACGCCGCCGAUACUUUGACGAAGAGCGUGAAGAUCAUGGUCAUGUCAGCAAUGCUCCAACGUCAGACGCUCGACCAGUUGAACAUGACACCGAUGCUUCUUCAAUCCUUCAUGAACCAAAACAUGUUGUCGGCUGCCCUUGGCCAGGUUGUUCUUUCCAAACUUCCCGCGGAGGGUCUUCAAAGUGCCAUGGCCGCGUUUGCCGGAGCUGGUGGCUCAGUUGGAAUGGGCAUUGUGUCGCUCGCCAACCCUCCUUUGGCAAUGCCUCCUGGUAUGGGCCCUCCCAUGGGCGGUGCACCUCCAGGAGCUGUGCCAGCCACUGGUACCCCCCAGACGGGUUCACCUCAGACGGCUUCUCCAGGAAAUUCCUCCCAGUCUGGUUCUCCCCAGAAGGGGUCUCCUCAGAUGAGCUCUCCUCAGACCGGAUCUCCGCAGACAAGUCAGCCUCAAACCAGCUCACCGCAAACCGGAUCUCAGCCCGCGAGCGGCUCACAGGGACAGGGCCAAGCAGGCAGCGCAGCGAGUAGCGUGUCGGUGAGCCAGGCUCUGGAGGGUAAUGUUGUGGCACUUUCCUGA